AUCAGGCAGUGAUAACCUUCUAGUAAUCUUGAAAAGAAAAUGGUGGAAGUACAUCCUGCUGGGACUAGCAGAUGUGGAAGCUAAUUAUAUGAUUGUCAGAGCCUACCAGUACACAACUCUAACCAGUGUCCAGCUUUUGGAUUGCUUUGGGAUUCCUGUGUUGAUGGCUCUGUCGUGGUUUAUUCUUUAUGCAAGAUACAGAGUGAUCCACUUCGUUGCUGUGGCUGUCUGUCUGUUGGGUGUAGGAACCAUGGUUGGUGCAGACAUACUAGCAGGGAGGGAAGACAAUUCAGGGAGUGAUGUAUUGAUCGGGGACAUCUUGGUCCUUCUUGGGGCUUCCCUCUAUGCCAUUUCGAACGUUUGUGAGGAAUACAUCGUGAAGAAGCUGAGCAGACAGGAAUUUUUAGGAAUGGUGGGCCUGUUUGGAACAAUUAUCAGUGGUAUACAGCUAUUGAUUGUGGAAUAUAAGGAUAUCGCCAGCAUUCACUGGGACUGGAAAAUUGCCCUGCUGUUUGUGGCAUUUGCCCUGUGUAUGUUUUGCCUUUAUAGCUUCAUGCCAUUGGUGAUUAAAGUCACAAGUGCCACUUCCGUCAACCUAGGCAUCCUGACAGCAGACCUCUACAGCCUUUUCGUUGGACUCUUUCUGUUUGGCUAUAAGUUUUCAGGACUCUACAUCCUGUCCUUCACCAUCAUCAUGGUGGGGUUUAUCCUGUACUGCUCCACCCCGACUCGCACGGCUGAGCCAGCUGAAAGCAGCGUGCCUCCGGUCACCAGCAUUGGGAUUGACAACCUGGGGAUGAAGCUGGAGGAGAACCUCCAGGAGACCCACUCUGCUGUCUUGUAGCUGGAGAAGACGGCGCACCCAUCCCCCACCAGGAUAAAGCAGAGCCUGCUGCUUGCUGAAGGGACACUUGGGGAAAAAUAGCAGACUCAGAGUGGACACGCUACAACCCUGGGUUGGAUCCAGUGGUUAGGUUUUAGAGAGGAACACCAAACAAAGUUCAAAAGUAGAAAUACCAAACUAGAGCAGAAACCAAGCUAAGAGUGUGUUUCUGUGUUUGAGGACCAAUACCUGUUCGUGUCAGGGAGAUGAGGUGCGGACCCCACACCGGGGUCUUAGAGGCACCAGUGGGAAAGCAGGACUAGGGAGAGAUCCAGGAGUGAGCCAGCCUCAAGCCAGGGCGGGAAAGCAGGCUGUCCAGGCUGGGCUUGGUGGUCAGGAACAGGGGCAGCUCACGGUGGCUCUGGAGUACGUUUCCUCUGUCAGAGGCUUCGAGGUUUUUUUUGUGUUUUGUUUUUGUUUUUUGUUUUUUGUUUUUUUUUGCUGGGGCAGUUAUUGUCCACAGGCCUUUGGGUACAGAUGAAGCCUUGGGGCUGACUGCAUGUGGCAGAAAACGGGUCGGUCAGCCCUUGAAAACUCCUGAGCUAUAAGUGUGAGUACUGUACGAGCAUUAAACUGGAGUGCAGUAAACCUAGGAACCCUCCCACAAUUGGUUUUUUAUUUGUUUGUUUGAGACACAGAGUCUAGAGUGCAGUGGCACAAUCUCAGCUCACUGUAACCUCUGCCUCCUGGGUUCAAGUGUGAGUAGCUGGGAUUACGAGCAUGUGGCCCCACGCCCAGCUAAGUUUUGUAUUUUUCAGUAGACAUGGGGUUUCACGAUGUUGCCCAGGCUGGUCUUGACCUCCUUACCUCAAGUGAUCCGCCUGCCCCGACCUCCCAAAGUGCUGGGAUUACAGGCAUGAGCCACCAUGCUUGGCCUGUUUUGUUUGAUUUUAUAGAGAGGUGGGGUUUCGCCAUGUUGCCCAGGCUAGUCUCAAAUUCCUGAGCUAAAGCGAUCUGCCCACCUCGGCCUCCCAAAGUGCUAGGAUUACAGAUGUGAGCCACUGUGCCUGGCCUAUUUGUUUGUUUGUUUAAAACAUUUCUCCAUCACUCAUUCCAGGUCCCAGAGCCAACUCUCUCUGCUCUCAGAGCCUGUGACACUGGAUAUGUGUUCCACAGUUUCAGUCUCAGGUCAUACUCUCCAACAUUUUUCAUAGCUCCAUAUACAUGUAGAUGCCAUCCUUUCUAAAAACUUCUCACGACCUCCUGGAAUAUUCCUAUUGAUCUCAUUUUAUUUAGCAUUAGCUCAAGAAACUAAGUCUUAGUGCACAUUAUCACAACAAAGAAAAAGCUUUGUUUUUAUAACUGGUAAAAACAAGAAAAGAUUAUCAUCAAGAUAUAAAUGAAAAUAUAAAAUUAAUCAUUUCUCUCCGAAGAGUAUGCCUGGGAGCCUCCAGUUGUUAGAAGAGGAUACUAUUACUACUUCUUAUCAAAAAUUUGUAAUGCCUUGUGAUUUUUAUGAUACUUCAAUACAAAGUGUUAAUAUGUAUCAUCAGUAUAAUAACCAACAAAAUGCCACUUUGAGAAAACUGUUACGUAAAUUUUUUUGUAACAGUGUAAGAAAGAAAUGGGGAGUAAGUGUUCACAUAAUUAAAAGGCUUUGAAUUCAUGGAAAUAAA